GCAUGGACUCGCCGAUCGCCGAUGGCACGAAGCGCACGGUGCAGAAGCUGCCGCUGCUGACGACACGCGCAGGCCCGCGCGACGGCGACGCGUGGAUCGCGCGCCUAAAAGAGGAGUACACGGCGCUCAUCCAGUAUGUGCAAAUGAACAAGGCGGCGGACAACGACUGGUUUACGAUCGCGUCCAAUGCCAAUGGCACACACUGGACGGGCACGUGCUGGUCGUUCCACAAUGGCCUGCGAUACGAGUUUGAGAUGGAGUUUGAGAUUCCAGCCACCUACCCCGUGACCAACCCCGAGAUCUGCUUGCCCGAGCUGGACGGCAAGACAGCCAAGAUGUACCGGGGCGGCAAGAUCUGCCUCACAGUUCACUUUGAGCCGCUCUGGCAGCGAAACGUACCCCGCUUUGGCAUCGCCCACGCACUCGCCCUUGGCCUCGCUCCGUGGCUGGCUGCUGAAGUGCCCGACCUCAUUGAACGGGGCAUGAUCUCGCCCGUCUAGCGCAAGCGCCAUAUUGCCACCCUGCUUACUGACGUGGCGUUCAUGCCACUAGCUAUUUCUACUCGAGGUCAACAUUUGCAAUCAGCUCUGUUAGUUAAGAGAAAUCGCGGUCGGGAAGCACGAGCGGCGCGAGGAGCGUCCAUGUGAAGAGGAGGGUCGUCGCCCACUGCGAUGCGAUUUGCACCCACAUACUCACGCGCUGCGUGUCGCUCUCCCUACACCUCGAUCGAUACAUGUAUCAACUUGAUACAAAG